GGAUAUCGUAGUCAAGCGGGCACUUGCACUUGUUUACGCACCGGCACUUGAUAUCUGUUACUCAUGCACUUUAUGCAACGCACCAACAAAAGCCACACGUAUGAUGUUGUCGACAGUGCGCAGUAAUCAAUCAUCUCUUCAUAAUGAACGGUGCGGAUAAGGCGGCAUUGUUAACGGUUAUCGUUUUCCUGAUAAGGGUGCCACAACGGAAAAGCAAUCAGCGGAAAUACGCUGCUGUACCCUGCUGGCAGUCAUCGCAACCGUAAUUUGCGUUGAAUUAUGUGAAUCUGUAGUCGCGUGUCUAAUGUUCACCGAAAUACGGAGAUUCAUUGUAUGGAACAUUUCCGCAUCGGUAACGGCCGAUUUUGUAAUUAUUUGAAUUAAUUAUUCGUACUCGUAUCUGCGGUAGGGACAGGUACUUGAUCAAGACUUAAAAGGAAUACGGGGCUUUCCUGGAAAGCGACGGCAAUAUGGCCGCAUUCAGUCGGAAGUGUUUUACCAAAAAUCUGGAGGAGAAUGUCAAACUUAUUCUGCUGCUUAUUGCAAUCAUCUGUGGCUUCGCCCUGGGUAUCGGUCUGCGGGAGACGGGCCUGCAGAAUGACCCGCGCAACGUUAUGUACGUAUCCUUCAUCGGGAGCAUCUUCCUCAACAUGCUGAAAGUGGUCAUCCUCCCGCUGAUCAUCUCCUCGCUGAUCACCGGCCUAGCACAAAUGGACUCGCAGACCUCCGGCCACAUCGGCCUGCGCGCCGUCAUCUACUACCUGACCACCACCGUGCUGGCCGUCAUCCUCGGCAUCGUCCUGGUGGUGACUAUCCGCCCCGGGGAGUUCGCGGGGUCCCAGAUCGAGGACCCCGACAGCCUGAAAGCGCCCGGGGAGGCCGCCGAACCCAUCACUACACCGGAUACCUUCCUAGACUUGAUUCGGAAUAUGUUCCCGCCUAACAUCAUCCAGGCCACUAUACAGUCCUACCGCACCAAACUGGAGGCGCCCAUGAAUGUGACGAGCACCGCCAACGAAACGAUGAACUCCACGGCGGCAACGACGAUCAUGACGACCAUCACCACCACCCUGGCGGAUAUUAAUGCUACGAUUGCGUCAACGUCAGCACCGGCCAAAAUUGCGCCAGAUUACUACACCUAUAUUGUCAAAUACAAAUGGACCGAUGGAACUAACAUUCUGGGAGUCGUCGUCUUCACCAUUGUCUUUGGCAUUACGAUCAGUAAAGCCGGACCUAAAGCCAAGCCGCUGGCCGAUCUCUUCGAAGCCAUCAACGAGGUCACCAUGAGGAUUGUGGGCUUGAUCAUGUGGAUAGCGCCGCUGGGUGUGACCUUUCUCAUUGCCGGUCAGCUGCUGGAGGUUAAAGAUCUCACGGCCAUGAUCUCCCAGUUGGGAAUGUAUUUCGUCACCGUAGUGACGGGCCUGUUGAUCCACGGCAUUAUUCUGCUGCCGUUGAUCUUCUUUAUCAUAACGCGCCGCAAUCCGUACUCAUUCAUCGCCGGUGCCGGGAAGGCGCUGAUUACCGGUUUUGGUACCAGUUCUAGCUCGGCCACACUGCCGGUGACUAUACAGUGCUGCGAGGAGAAUAAUAAAGUCGACACCCGGGUCAGUCGGUUCGUGUUACCCAUUGGUGCUACGAUUAAUAUGGACGGCACGGCACUGUACGAAGCCGUGGCGGCGAUCUACGUGGCCCAGACACAAGGCCAGGAAAUCAGCUUCGCCCAGAUCGUCGCCGUCAGUAUCACGGCAACCGCCGCGGCCAUUGGUGCGGCCGGAGUCCCUCAGGCCGGCCUGGUUACCCUCGUCAUGGUGAUGGAAGCCGUCGGGCUGGACGCCAAAUUUGUUGGCGCCAUUAUGGCCGUCGACUGGUUGCUGGACCGCGUGCGAACGACGGUAAAUAUUUUGGGCGACGUGAUCGGCACCGGUAUCGUCAACCAUCUCUGCAAGAACUACCUGGCUAAUUUAGACCAGCAGGCGGCACUCACGAGCGAAAAGACCGAGAUCGCAGUGGUCGGCGGGGCGGGGGGUCUACACGAGUCGCCGACUGUGGAGACGGAAAUGAUGCAGUAUCAGGACAAACCCAACCUGCGGAAACGGAACAGCGGCCACAGCGAAUCUGAACAGCUUUGAGCUGGUCGUUAUGUAGUCCGCUUACAAAAGAAAAUUGUUUUAUGUACAAAAGAGACUACGUGUUUAUUCGUGAUCUCGGUCAUGUAAUUUCCCGGCGCGAUUAAUUGUUGUUGUUGUAAUUAGUCAACGGCUGUCAACGUGCCAAACAUUUGAUACCAUUCUUAAACAACAACGUGAGAUGAAAAAGAUUACCCUUUUGAAAAUGG